AGUGGCGACUUCCGUGGCUCCAUGUUCUAGGAAUGCGUUGCUGUGCUUCUAGAGCUCGGAGCUUCAUCGCGUUUGCUUUGUUCUGUGGUCGCGCUAGCUGGUUGUUCGCCGCAUCGACUACAGCCGGAAUUGUCUUCUCCAUCUGUUGCUUCCUAGGUUUCAUUCUUCAGAGAGUUGGGUUUCUUUCCUCUCUGGGAAAAGAGAUUAGAGGUCUUGGAGACAGGGUCAAGUUGGAUCUUUCUCUAGCUAGCGGCAGGCUCCAAUCAGCGUCAUGGCAGCAGGAGGAUCGAGAUCCAGGGCUGAUUACGAUUACCUCAUCAAGCUGCUGUUGAUUGGUGACAGUGGGGUUGGAAAGUCUUGUCUUCUCCUUCGUUUUUCCGAUGACUCCUUCACGACAAGUUUCAUCACCACGAUAGGGAUUGACUUUAAGAUUCGGACCAUCGAGCUGGAUGGGAAGCGCAUUAAGCUUCAGAUAUGGGACACCGCUGGGCAAGAGCGGUUCCGUACAAUCACAACAGCCUACUACAGAGGAGCAAUGGGGAUACUGCUAGUUUACGAUGUAACAGACGAGUCUUCAUUCAACAACAUUCGGAAUUGGAUCAGGAACAUUGAGCAGCAUGCAUCUGACAACGUGAACAAGAUCUUAGUUGGAAACAAGGCUGAUAUGGACGAGAGCAAAAGAGCUGUUCCGACUGCGAAAGGUCAAGCUCUAGCUGAUGAAUACGGCAUAAAGUUUUUCGAAACUAGUGCCAAAACAAACAUGAACGUUGAGGAUGUGUUCUUCACCAUUGCAAGGGAUAUCAAGCAAAGGCUGGCUGAGAGUGAUUCGAAACCAGAGGCUGCUAAGGAUGCCAAGCCAGAUGUCAAGCUUCUUGCAGGCAAUGCUCAGACAAAACCAGCUUCUGCCUCUUGCUGCUCAUAGCUUAAUGACUGAUGUUGCGACAUUGGUCUGGUGAGCUUUUGGAUUCCCUUGGUGGAAAGCUUUGAGUUGCAAAACGCUUUUUAGCUGGCUCCAUCAAACAAGCUGCUGGCAUGCUUUGGAGUUCAUUCUUGUGUCAUGGCUGUAAGCUGGAGGUUCUGGCGCAGAGACCACGUAUUUCUUGAGGACGUUUGGGAGGCCAUAUGGCACUGUAGCACCUUGCUAAAUUCCCUUUUCCAAAUUUCAGAAGAAUAUACUGCGCACUAUUUUGGAUUGGUUAAUCUUGUUGUGAGAUGAGAUACCAAGCCAUGAGAUGGACAUUGCUGUCUGUAAUGGUAUGACUUAGUUUACUUUCUCAUUGGCUACUCUAGGAAUAUUUACGUGGAUCUCAACGUCAGUCGUAGUAUUGGAUGUCAUGAUGAUGACGUAACUCUAUUAAGUGCUUUGAUCGUGUUACGUCACUUCGGCAAUAGAAUUGUGAGGUUGGUAGGUAAAAGUAUUGUGAGCUACAUCAAUGAAGCUUGCAGGAUUGUAAUUAUUCUCGGUAUUUCCAAAGCAAUUUAAAGAACAGUGAAUUUUUA